AUGAGAGAGCCGAUACAAACUUCAACACCGGUGUCUACGGGUGAAACGGAUCCAGCGGUCGUAGCUGCUGAACACGCCAACCCGUCUGUCUUUUCUGUACCGGUGGUAGCGCAUGACGUUGCACCAGAUGCUGUCACUGCCUCGACAGCGGUGACCGAUGUGAACGUGGAGGUGCAAAGCGGUGGAACGAAGGAUAUAACUGUAAGUUCUAGCCCCCGGAAGGAGGCCGGAGUAAUUCCUGAAAACACCAACAUCUACAAGACCGCCUUCCAUAUAUUCAAGGCGAACGUUGGCACUGCGGUGUUUUUGCUUCCAGUUUUCUACCAAGAUGCAGGGUACAUACUCGGACCCACCAUUGCGGUGCUCAUUGGCGUCUGUGUUAUUGACGCCUCCCAGUUGCUGCUUGGAACGAAGCUGACCAUUGACCGACCCCGUGUUGACACGUACGGUAGGAUAUGUAAAUUUAUUUUCGGGCCACCACUGCAGUGGGUUCUCUUUGUUUGCCUACUUCUCAGCCAGUUUGGUUUUUGUUUACUAUACAUGCAACUAACGGUCGAUACGAUGAAUACAAUGGUGCAGUUUAAGGGGGACACAUACGUGUGGUCAUUUGUCAUGUUUUUCAUUGAGUUUGGUUUCACGUGCUUUUCGAGUAACUUCUCAACUUUGGCUAUUAUUUCCAUAUCGGCAUCGGUGGCGGUGACAUUCACUCUCGUUGCAACCUUCGUGGGAACCUGCAUGGAGAUAAACAAGAACGGUAGGGUGCACCCAACUGUCAACGCAUUUGGCAAUAAUAUCCCCAUUGGCUGGUUUAACAAUAUGGCGAGUAACCUGAUGGGACUUGAGGGAAUUGCGAUCGUCCUUCCUGCACACACCGGAUGCAAUCAGAAGACGAGGUUUAAGUUCACAUUGUCGCUGGUUCUCACACUAACCGUUUCGAUUUACUUGCUUUAUGGUAUCACAGGGUACCUUGCAUACGGAACGUCAAUCAAUACGAGCAUUAUUGACGGGCUUCCCGAGAGCCAAUUGUCAACCGCUGUGCGUGCUAUGUUAGUUAUAAAUUUGGUGUGCACAUACCCCGUGCAGUUCCAAUCGGCCAUACAGGCCGUAGACCAGGUCGUGGGGUGCAGUGCUUUUUCGGUAAAGGGGAUCCUUCUCCGGUUGUUUAUUAACCUGGUUAUUGUUAGUAUUGAACUCGCUGUUGGCCCGAAAGCGGUGCACGCUGUCGUGAGCCUGAUUGGUGCUUUACCGGCGGCUGUCAUGGUUUUUAUUCUACCAGCGUUGCUCACUAUGCAGGUUGACCAUGCUGUAAUGAAUCCCGAAGAGGAUCGUGUGACGUUGAAGUACUGGGGAAGCAUGUUUACGGCAGCACCAGUGUUUUCUUGGACACGCAUUCGUUGUUACUUCUACAUUAUCUUUGGUUUAAUUGUCAUGGUAAUGGGCACCUACAGCGUCAUUGCUGAACUCUGA